AUGGACUCCGCACAGUUUCGCGAGGCAGCUCGCACCGCUAUUAACGAGAUCACUGAUUACUACGACAAUGUUUCCUCGCAGCGUGUCGUAUCCGAUGUCAAGCCGGGCUACCUUCGACCUUUGCUCCCAUCCUCAGCCCCUCUUGAAGGAGAGUCCUGGACCGACAUCCAUGCUGAUAUCGAGUCUAAAAUCCUGCCUGGAAUCACCCACUGGGCAAGCCCCCGGUUCAUGGCCUUCUUUCCAUGCUCCAGCAGUUAUCCAGCCGCCUUAGCUGAAAUGUACUCCAAUACUUUCAAUGGCGCUCAUUUCAACUGGAUUUGUAGUCCAGCAGUUACAGAGCUGGAAACAAUCGUUAUGGAUUGGCUUGCGAAGGCUCUUGGUCUUCCCGAAUGCUACCUUAGUGGCGGCAGUACCCAUGGAGGAGGCGCCAUCCACGGGAGUGCCAGCGAGGCUAUCCUUACUGUCAUGUGUGCUGCUCGCGACAAGUAUCUUGCUGCUGUCACAAAGGGCAUGAACGAAGAUGCUGUGUGGCAUGUUCGAAGCAAACUUGUGGCUCUUGGAAGCGCUGGGUCUCAUUCAAGCACCAAGAAAGCUGCUCAGGUUCUUGGUGUCCGUUUCGUUGCUAUUCCUGUCACCGAAGAGGACGGUUUCGCCAUGACUGGUCGAGCUGUCGCUAAGACGGUAGCUGAGUUGCGGGCCCAAGGGUUGGAACCUUUUUACUUGACCGCUACAAUUGCCUUUGACUACACCAAUGCUGACUUCCACUCGUUCAACUUUAACCCUCACAAGUGGAUGCUUACUACCUUUGACUGUUCUGCUGUUUGGGUCCGAUCCCGAGCCUGGCUGAUUGAAUCUCUGAGCAUUAAGCCUCCGUACUUGCGCAAUCAAUUUUCCGAUAACGAACUCGUCACCGACUAUCGCGACUGGCAAAUCCCUCUUGGACGUCGAUUCCGAUCUCUCAAGCUAUGGUUUGUUCUCCGCAGCUAUGGAAUUCGAGGAUUGCAAGCACAUAUUCGAAAUGGAGUUACGCUCGGUGAAUCCCUCCAGGCGAAGCUGGUCAGUCGACCUGAUCUAUUUACUAUCUUCACCGCUGCGCGCUUUGGCCUGGUGACCUUCCGCGUCAAGGGACGCAAUGAAAAGGAGAUUAAUGCCCGAACAGAAGAACUCUACGAAUGGGUCAACAGAACCGGAGAGUUCUACCUUACUAGUACCAUUGUCAACGAUAAGUUUGCCAUUCGAGUAUGCACUGGCGUGGAGAGGGUUCGAGAGGAGCACGUCCAACGUAUAUUUGAUGUUUUGGUUGAGAGGACUGAAGCGGAGCUGGAAGAUUAA